AUGAAUACAUUACAACCUCCUUCUAGGGAGGCUGGUUGGAUGUCCACACUACCAGAGAGGAUUGAUGAAAAAUAUAAUCCCAGGCCUUUCACAAGUGUUCCAUUCGACUUAUUUACCCAUCAAGAGAAUAAACCAACACGUAACUCUUCAACUAUCGCACAACAUGAUAAGGAAAAAAAUACCUUCAAACCAACUAACUGGGACACAAAAAAUAUUAUAGGUGUUAGACCACGAAGUACUGUAAAAAGUGAUGAGAGUGAGGAACAGAGAAAGAUGUUGACUCUAUACAUGCACUCCUAUCGUUCUCUUUCUCUGACGUGUAAAGAGAGAGCAGCGCAAUUGGAGAAGGUAGAUGCGGAGAGAAAACUGCAGCUGAAAGAAAUGGCUGAUUUUUCCGAAGACAUAUGCGCUAAAUUAGAUAAAGUUCAGGCGUUGGAAAGAGAAAUUGAUAGUGCCCUUGCAGAAGAAAUGGAGACAAAUAAGUGGCUAAAAGAAAAGGCAAAGCAAAUAGGCCUUCUAUGA